AUGUCUGCAUACCCUAGACUGAGACCCGAUUUCCAAAAAGGAGAAGCAUCUCCUACCCAAGAAACCCCAAACUAUCUCUAUAUCUGCGUCUUGGAAUGCGAGAACGGUUGCCCUUUCCAAUUUGAGUUUACCUUAGCCACCGGCAACGCUUCCGACAUACAAUCUCUCACCCGACAUGAUUUAGUGUAUAUAUGUCCUUGUGUCGCAACAGAAGAAUGUGGACAAGUAGGCCUAAGCUACCACCAAAGCAGUCUCCGACAUUCAAGCCAGAAAGUCCUCACAAUGAUCCAAAUCGCUAAAGUCAAAAACCAAGAUCUUUUAUGCGAUGCUCUUCGCAAGUGUGACCCGGGAGUUGAUGUGUUCGAUGUGACCAGCUGGUAUUUACGGGCUUUGGACACACUUGUUUGGGAGAAUAGAACUGGGAGGAUUCUCGAUAUCUACUGGGAGUUCAGUUUUGAUGCAUUAGACGAUGCGACGGAGAGGUUUACACGCGCUAGUAUUGUGCAAGGAAAGAUCGUGGAGGGGUUUGGAAAUGAGCUUGCAGAUGGUGUGAAGAUUCCGGUGUUCGAUAUGGCGAGAUAUUUAGAGAUGAUUGGAGUUUGA